UCCAACCUUGAUUCACUCCUACGCUGCCACGCGUGUAUUCUCUCCCUCCUUAUCGGACCUCUGUGGAACACAAGUUCGUCCCACAGGAGAGAUGCUGACACUUCCCAAGCUGCACUUGCACUCCGGGGAGACUUGGAGACAAUCCUCCGAUGCAAUUAAGAACACCGCGAUGAUACCAAUCAGGCGAGCUGAUACCAUGUCGCGUCCUGUUUGAUGUUUGACGUAUUUCCACUAAAAAAAAGGAAAAGUCCAGGAGAACAUUUAUUUUCUUUUUUUUUUUUUCUUUUUUUUUUUUUUUUUAUCACCCCCCAAACCGGAUUCCGGACAACUAAUCGCCGUCCAGAUGCAGUUUCGACUCUUCUCAUUUGCGCUGAUAGUCUUGAACUGUAUGGAGUACAGCAACUGUCAGGCGCCGUCACAACGCUGGAGGAGAAGCAAAAGAGCCACCUAUGGAGGGUAUCCCAUCUGUAAAGGCUGCUCGGUGUGCUCUAGAGACAACGGCUGUGUGAACUGCCAGCCUAAACUCUUCCUGUUUCUGCGGCGAGAGAGGAUGAGGCAGUAUGGAGAGUGUGUUCAUGAAUGUCCAGCGGGAUACUACGGCAUGCGCAGCCCCGAACUCAACAUGUGUUCCAGAUGCAGGAUAGAGAACUGUGAGUCCUGCUUCAGUAAAGACUUCUGCACCAAAUGCAAGUUAGGUUUUUACCUACACAAAGGGCGAUGCUUUGACAAGUGCCCCGAGGGCUUUGCCCCGCUGGAGGACACCAUGGAGUGUGGAGAAGGCUGCGAGGUGGGCCAGUGGAGCGAAUGGGGAGCCUGCACUAGAAGAAACAAAACCUGCGGCUAUAAGUGGGGUCUGGAGACCCGGACGCGGCACAUUGUAAAGAAACCACCCAAGGACACAAUACUGUGUCCCACUAUUGCGGAGUCCAGGAUGUGCAAAAUGGCCAUGAGGCACUGCAGAAGAGGGGGCUCAGGGAAGCACCGAUCCAAAGAACCAAAGAAGAAGAAUAAGCAGAGGCUGCGGUUCCGUGCCCAGAACCAACACAGCGACCACUUGGCCUCUGCCCGCUCCAGCCAGUGAGGGCUUAUAAAAAAAACGACGGACUCACCAUUGGACAAAAAAGAACCAACGCGAAGCUGCUAGCUGCGACCAUGCUCUGACUGACAAACAUCACCAACGCCGACAACCUCUCCUGCCUCUCUUACCUCCGCCAACCCCCCGAUCCCCCCUUCCCCUCACCUGCCUGAACGUGGCCACGACUCGCCAUAUAGAAUAUCAGCACCAACCCACUAAACACAUACUUCAUGCCCCUGCCUCCCGCUGCUUCCCCCCCUCCAGCCUCGUGACUCCAUCCCUGCAACCCCACCCUACGCCUCGCCUCGCGGAGCUUCAAAGCCGACAUGACUGAACUCAUUUCCCGUCAUUAACAAUGUCAUUACCUGUCCGGGGUACGGAGGACGGGGGAGGUGGCGAGCAAAGACUGCGAGGGUGGGUGAGCCAAUUAGACGGAGGCGGAAAAAGGAAACGUACGGGGAGAGCGUUGGCGAGCUGCAGAAGGUAAGGCGGUUCAGUCAACACAGAGGAGGGAAUAAAGAUGGAGGUGGAAGAGGUUCGGGAUUGGGCUGAGGAAAGUGAGCUUGACAGCCAAGAAGAGAAAACUUGGGCUGGAAGGGACUGUAUUUCGUUGCUAUAUUUAUGUCAAAGCUACCCUCGCCUUUCCGUGCGGACGGAAACGGAGCGCUCCCACGUGUGGCCUUUUAUGUUCUGUACAUUUCUGAGAGUAAUAUUAAAAUAAAUGACCACGCAGAGUUGCAAAGUAUUUUAUUCCCAGCACAGGCCGCUGUAUCGCUCGAACUGUAUCGUGUGGAUAAGGAUAAAAAAACAACAACAUUUAGUUCCUAGCAUGGCAAGAGACACAGGUGUACAUAGUUUGUGGGAUUAUGACAGCUUCUUACUGUAUGUUCAGUACUGACUUGUUCUCCAUUCUAAAUGUUGCAGAAAUGAAAGGCUGUAAUAGCAACCUUGCAGAUCCAAAUAAUUAAAGACAAAUAAUAAACAUAGCCGUCACAUAGCUCUUUCAUUUAUAUAGUCUAUAUUUGAUUUAUUUAUUAAUUUUUUUUUUUACUUUUUUUCUUCAAUGACUCUUUUUUUUUUUUUUUUUUUUGCCUCAUGCUGUUACUCUAAUAUGUUGCAAUAUUCUUUGUCAUAUUGUGCAUAUCGUCAAAAAUGCAUUUUUCCUCUGAUGCAAGCAUUGUAUUCCAUCCGUUGGACCACAUCUACUGAUUUCACUGUGUCAAAGAAGAAGCAACAAUGAGGUAUCCUUUGAUAUAUUCUGAGUUUAUUCAUUAGAUGCCAGCAAAUGUAUGGUCAUAGGACUGCAUAUGUGUACGUUGUGUUUUAUUAAACCACAUUUCAUGUGACUGUAUGAUGAAUACUUUGUGUUACUGUCUGUGGCUCUAAUAUACAGUAUGUGGCUAAACUCUCAAA